GAAAACGACACCGUAAGCUUGGUUCCUUAAACAUAGCUGGCUAAGACUUUCUAUUAUUAUAUCAGCCAAAAAUAUCAAAGAUUCAAGUGAAACAACAUAAACACCAUACCAUUUCUCAUUCAAAUUUUCCUCUUCAAUAAUUCUUGGAUUUCAUUUCAUAUUCCCUUCUUUGCUACCAAGGAAUACCGAAACAAAUGGUGAAAGAUACUGCCUACUAUGAGAUUUUGGGUGUCAAUAUGGAUGCCUCCCCGGCGGAUAUCAAGAGGGCUUACUACCUCAAGGCAAGGGUAGUUCAUCCGGAUAAAAAUCCUGGCGAUCCAAAAGCUGCAGAAAAUUUUCAGAAACUUGGUGAGGCAUAUCAGAUCUUAAGUGACCCUGAGAAGCGGGAAGCAUAUGAUAAACAUGGAAAGGAAGGAAUACCACAGGAUUCCAUGUUGGAUCCUGCAGCUGUCUUUGGGAUGUUAUUUGGGAGUGAGUUCUUUGAAGACUAUAUUGGCCAACUUGCGCUUGCUACAUUAUCAUCUAUUGAAAUUGAGGAAGACACACCAGAUGUUGAAAUUCGCAAGCAAAGAGUUCAGGAGAAGAUGAGGGAAAUGCAGAAAGAGAGGGAAGGGAAACUUACAACACUUCUGAAAAAUCGCCUCGAACCAUUUGUGGAAGGUCAAGUGGAUGAGUUCAUAAAUUGGGCCAACUCAGAAGCGCGCCGCCUUUCUGCAGCUUCAUUUGGUGAGGCCAUGCUCCAUACUAUUGGCUAUAUUUACACUAGGAAAGCUUCGAGAGAGCUUGGGAAAGAUAAAAGGUACAUGAAGGUGCCUUUUUUAGCAGAAUGGGUGAGAGAUAAAGGACACCAGAUAAAAUCACAAGUAAUGGCAGCUUCAGGUGCUGUUUCUUUAAUUCAAAUACAGGAGGAUCUGAAGAAGUUGAACCAGACUGAGACCAAAGAGGAGAAUUUACUAAAGGCCAUUGGGGAUAGGAAGGAUGCUAUGCUUCAAUCUCUUUGGCAAAUCAAUGUGGUUGAUAUUGAAUCAACUUUAUCACAUGUUUGCCAAGCUGUACUUAAAGACCCUAGUGUAUCUAAGGAUGUUCUGAAAUUACGAGCGAAGGGAUUGAAAAAACUUGGAACAAUCUUUCAAAGUCAAAUUUUCACUGCUUCUCAGGGUGCCAAAACUGCAUACAGCAGGGAAAACAGCCUGCGCCACGAAAGUGACAGGAUAGAUGCCGGCUCAUCAUCAUAGUCAUAUUAAUACUCAUUGGAUGGCAUAUUAUUUCUCAAUCUCUCUUUGUAGAUGCAUACAUAGUGUUUGAAAUGUUUAUCCUUGCGUUGACCUGUGAACAUACUUGAGGUGACUGUUUAUGUACUUUGUGUUAAGAAUGGGUUCUUUGAUUCCUAUUGUGGAAAGGUGAUUAGACUGAAUUUGGAAAUGA